CCGGGGCGGGGACACACAAACCCGGAAGUAGUGGAGAGACUGGCGGAGAGUUGGGGUGUAAGUUGUAGGCCUUGGUUUUCCCUUGUGUGCAGGUUCCCCCGCCGCCGCCGCCGCCGCCGCCGCCGCCAUGGGGAAACGACAGCACCAGAAGGACAAGAUGUACAUUACCUGUGCUGAAUAUACUCACUUCUAUGGUGGCAAAAAGCCAGAUGUCCCUCAAACGAAUUUUCGUCGUUUACCUUUUGACCACUGCAGUCUCUCCCUACAGCCCUUUGCCUACCCAGUCUGCACUCCAGAAGGCGUCGUCUUUGACUUGCUGAACAUUGUUCCAUGGCUUAAGAAGUAUGGGACCAACCCCAGCAAUGGAGAGAAACUUGACGGGCGAUCCCUCAUCAAGCUGAACUUUGCCAAGAACAGCGAAGGGAAGUACCACUGCCCGGUGCUGUUCACUGUGUUCACUAACAACACCUACAUUGUGGCCAUCAAGACUACUGGCAACGUCUACGCCUAUGAGGCAGUGGAGCAGUUAAACAUCAAGGCCAAGAACUUCCGGGACUUGCUGACUGACGAGCCCUUCUCUCGGCAGGAUAUCAUCACCCUCCAGGACCCCACCAAUUUGGACAAGUUCAAUGUCUCCAACUUCUUCCAUGUUAAGAAUAACAUGAAAAUAAUAGAUCCAGAUGAGGAAAAGGCCAAGCAGGACCCAUCUUACUAUUUGAAAAACACAAACACUGAGACCCGAGAGACACUGCAGGAGCUCUACAAGGAGUUCAAAGGGGAUGAGAUUUUGGCAGCCACCAUGAAGGCCCCUGAGAAGAAGAAAGUGGACCAACUGAAUGCUGCUCACUAUUCCACCGGGAAGGUCAGUGCAUCCUUCACCUCUACUGCCAUGGUGCCAGAGACCACGCACGAAGCAGCUGCCAUCGACGAGGACGUACUGCGCUACCAGUUUGUGAAGAAGAAGGGCUACGUGCGGCUGCACACUAACAAGGGCGACCUCAAUCUGGAGCUGCACUGUGACCUGACACCAAAAACCUGUGAAAACUUCAUCAAGCUCUGCAAGAAGCACUAUUAUGAUGGCACCAUCUUUCAUAGAUCUAUCAGGAACUUUGUGAUCCAGGGUGGGGACCCUACAGGCACAGGCACAGGAGGGGAGUCGUACUGGGGAAAGACCUUCAAAGAUGAGUUCCGGCCCAACCUCUCACACACGGGCCGAGGCAUCCUCAGCAUGGCCAACUCAGGGCCCAACACCAACAAGUCCCAGUUUUUCAUCACCUUCCGUUCCUGUGCAUACUUGGACAAGAAGCACACCAUCUUUGGACGGGUUGUUGGGGGCUUUGACACACUGACAGCUAUGGAGAAUGUGGAGAGUGACCCCAAGACAGAUCGCCCUAAGGAGGAGAUCCGCAUCGAUGCCACCACUGUGUUCGUGGACCCCUACGAGGAGGCUGAUGCCCAGAUUGCUCAGGAGCGGAAGACGAAGCCUGAAGUGACCCCAGAGGACAAGAUGAAGAACAGCCAGCCCCAGCCUGGGAGCCAGGGCCCCCAGACAUACCGUCAGGGAGUGGGCAAGUACAUCAACCCGGCAGCCACGAAACGCGUGGCAGAGGAAGAACCAUCAACCAGUACAGCUGCCCCUGUAGCCAAGAAGAAGUCCAGCUGGGGUUUUGGGGACUUCAGCUCCUGGUAGCAGCAGCCCACACAGAAUCCAGGAAUUCUGCUCUCUAACCAGGUCAUGAGAGAAGCAGGACCCUCGCAACCCUCAGUCCCUGGAACAGCCCUGAGACCUUGAUGUGGCCACUGCAGGACAUCAGGCCCAUCCCUCCAUAUUAAGGAACAGCCUCCCCACAGUGAGCAGCAAGUAACGGAGAAGUCUGACAUAGGAAGCUUUAUUUAUAAACCUCACACGGACACAGGACCAAGGCUGGCUGUGUGGUCAGGGGGAGAGGACAGGCUGAAGGUGAGACAUGUGCUCGAGCUUGGCAGUCCUGUCCUCAAGGUGGACUUUCCAGCUGCUUCCAGGCUGCCAUCCAGUGUCCUCCUGCCCAGCAGCCCCAUCAGCCACCUGCGCCUGCCUUGCGGGGAGGAAGGAGAGGGCCCAGUCCAUGCCCUCGCUUGCCCUUCAGGCCUUUGACAAAAGAGGGUUGACAUUUUUGUAGUUCGUUUUAGAGCUUUCUAGAUAUUAAAACCACAAGGAUUUUAUAAUUGCCUGAUAUGGUCAUCAGGUAAAAUAAAGGACUUUGGGGGAAAAAAAAUCUCAUUUCUGAUCCUUUCAAAUAUCUGACAGAUGCCAUCAAUAAGCAUUAAGGUAUAAAAAUACUGUGUUUAUAUAUAAAACAGCAACAAAGAACUGCAUUUCUAAAGCAAAUGUACUGUGCCAGAGGAGACUACAAAUGUAUUCAUAAUCCUGGCAUUACUUGCCACUGUUCUCAAGGAAAUACUUUAAAUAAUUUAAAUAAGAGUCACAGGAUAUUUAUCGUUUGGGAAUUUGAGAGUGUGGAACAGCAUUCCAGCACUUCACCAGCACAUCUGGUUAGUCUUGGAUCACUUCCCCUGAAGCCAGCUCAUGGUCAGUUCAUUUGGUUUAAAAAGGAGCUUGUAUUUUGCGGAAGAAAGUACAAAACAAGCCGUAAGAAUACCAGUAAAAAGUUCUCAGUCAGCGCCAUCACAAAAGACAAUACAAAAAUGAAAGUGCUCAAACUGAAGGAGCAGUAAACUCGCCCAGAACAUAGAAAAGCUUUAAAUAUAAUCUUACUAUAUAUAUACAUAAACUGGUUGGAAGAACUCUAGAAAAUUUGCUCUGUAAUUUCAGUGAAGCAUCCGUGACAACGAGCCCACCCAUUUCCCUUGGUCCGCUGAGGCUCUGGCCUAAGUUCCCACUCUCAAGAGGCAUGAAGAUCGGAAGGGAGCGUCAUCUUACUUUCACUGACUAGUGCUCGCUCGUCUGUCAGGGAAGCUGCCUUUUCGCCCCUGUUCCCAUUUCAGCCAGUGGAGUGAAGAAGCGGUCUUCGGAUUGCAGAGCGUGGCAGCAGGAACACCACUGGCUGGAGCAAUUCCUUGCUUGGGAUGCCUGGGGGGGGAACCCUCGGCCACUUCAUAUUGCUAACUUAGGACUAUAGGGACAGCCAGGCCAAUGUGUCUGCAGGGAACUAGCUCUGGGAGACAGCAGCCUGCUGGACCACAGCCACAGGCAAAGGCUUACAGGCCAUGCCACGAUGUCCUCUAAGGUGAGGAUGUAAAGGAACAUGUCACUGUUGAUCCUGCUGAGCUGAAGCAUCUGUUAUGCUCCGCUGGGCCACGGACAGUGACACUCCCCACCUUCCCAGGCCAGGUUUUGGGCAAAGGAAUGGCACCAAAAGGGAAGCUUGGGGCAAGCAGUGAGCUGGAGCCAGCUGGCAGCUGAGUGCCUAUAAUGGCCACAGCCUGUGGGCCUGGGCUGGGGACAAGGAGCUAAAACUGAGUGGGAAGUCACUUUCUUAUCCUCAGCCAGCUUGCUUUUGCUGUCACUAGACCAGCCGUGUCCACGGCAGUGUCAGCUGUCCCAGCCAGGCCAGGGCUAUCCUCUCUGCCUCCUUUGGCCCCUUUUUCUUGUCCCUCUGCCCUGAGUUGGUACACAGUUUGGUUUUGGAAAACCAAAACUUCACUGGGAACUUUUUCUGGCUUUCAUUCUCUUCAAAUUGAUCUGCAGAGGCCCAAGAGGAUAGCAGGCCAUGACCUAAAAUCCAGCGACAGAAAUGCAGGUCUUGGGGGACUGCAUAGACAGGCUCCUCUGGGUCAGGCCACUCGAUGGGCAGGCAGGGAGGGGGCCUCCUGCAGCAAACCAAACAUCUUCUUUACAGUAUUUAGCCCUGCUUUAACUCUGACCCUUUCUGAAAAAAAUUUAAUAUAGUAGACUUGCAAGUUUUAAGGUUUUUUCCUGCUGGUUCUGGCAAACCUUUCAUUAGGCAAAAUGAAUUCUUUUUCUUCAAGUACAUCCAGGGUCAACAAUGAAGUUGGACUUAACAUUGGUCCAGAAUGCCAUUCUCUAACAUCCCGGGUCAGCCACUCAGCAAGUCUGGACAUGUGAGCAUCUGUCAGCACCACGGGCACAGUCUCCUUAGUGACUGGGCUUCUGCAGGCCCCCAGGAUGGGCUUCCUUAGGGACUAGUUCACUUGCUUUCUAGAUAAUGGCUUAAAUAAAUAAAUAAGACAUUUGUUAACAUAGUUCUCUAUUUAUAGCUUAUCUAAAAUGCUACCAGUGGUGGCCUCUGUUUUUCAACAGGCUUAAAAACAAUGUUCUUUGUGUAUAAAUUUGUUGACUGCUUCUGGAAGAUUCUUAAAUGGAUACUGUAUCUUCACAGUUCAUCUGCAGAAAAAUAACCAAUGCGUAGUUUCAAGAAUUAGGGGGAAACUGUAGUAGUUUCCUCUUUAAAAAAAAAAAAAGUGAUGUGACACUUGCUGUUGAAGGAGACCUGUCUCUGGUCUGAGAGACUUGGUCUGUACUGACUGUGAGAGACAGCCACACUGCAUGGAAGGCAUGAGUUAAGAGAAAGAACUAACUUGCCAGGUAAGUUGUCAGUUGGUUAAUUUGUUCUCUAGAACUUGAGAAGUUAAAAAAAGAACACUAAAAACUUGCAGCAACAACUGUAUACAUGAAGAGGACACAGAUGGGGACACCUUACCCACAGAAAUGGCUCAGAGAGGCCUCUGGGUGUCGCAGCGUGGCUAGCCUGCAAGAUUAAGUUCAAGAAGUAUUGCCGUCCAGGAUGCUCUAUGUCUCCAUUAUAUUCAGUCUCUUUCACAAAACAGUAUUUAAAGGAGAAUGGGACAUUUCCACUUUACUCCCAGCCAUUGUCUUUGAUCAUGUGGGCAAGCUCAAUAAUAAAUUUUCCUUCCUUAUA